CAUAAUCAGCCAACUUGUGAAGUUUACUGCGGUAGCCGAAGGCAUCAUAGACGUUGCACCCAAGAGGACCGGCAUGUGGAUGAGGCGAAUCCAUUCUUUGUCUGGAAAUGCUUUGUGUGCCAGACAUACUAGGAGAGGAGCUAGUGCUCCCUCGAGAAAGAACCAAUUGACGUUCCCAUACUCACCUUCCGUUCCGAAUAUUCUGCGGGGUCCAACUAGCCCCCAUAUAACGGAUGCAUCGAAGAACACAUUGUCCAUCGGACAAGUCCAUGGACUGUCAGGUGGCAACAAGGAGGUAUCACAAAGAUUGGGAAUCUCUUCCAUAAGCCACCAUGCAGUUAUGGUGUACACAAAGACCGCAACAAUUGUUCCUACCACUUGCAAAUGCGACUCAUUAGAUAUCAAUCGAUAUAGGUUUACAUUCGACCCUUUACGAGAGAACUGUGAUUUUCAGGAUUGCAGACAGAGAACUGACCUGUGCUGUGAACAUCGACCGAGGAGGAAUCUUCAUGUAAUGGCCGAGUUUGAAGUCCGAAACAAAGGUUAGAGCUUGAGCCAUGCUUAUGUAUCCAUACACCUUGAAGCACAUAUUAGCAACAGGGUGCUCAGGGUACAUAUAUCCAAUCACUUAUUCAGUAA